AAAACGCCCAACAACGAAGAGAUCAUCGAUCUGAUCGAUGCGUGUACAGCUUACCGGCAAAAUGCUUUGAUUAUGGCGAUGAAACAAUUCUCACUACCGAAUCGGAAGAUGUGUAAACGAGUUACUUGUUAAUACUGCUGAGUGCAUUUCUUCCCAAGAACAGUGCUGGGUGGAGGUUCCAUAUACUUACUUUAUGAGGACAACUCUCAAAGCCAUCCACUUCCACAUUCUAACUAGUGCUUCCUUCAACGUUUCGGGGAACCCUUGCGGAAGCAGAGCGUAAGUACCCUGGAUAACAAGAGCUUGUUCGGCGACUACACUAGAAGACGUAUGUGGAUCGGAAUGCUCAGGGUGGCAAGGAAUUGUAUGGCUCGUUGCUGAAGAUUCUGAUUCUGAUGAUGUUUGUGUUUCAUCUAGUAGAUCUGAAACCUGUUAGGUUAGUGAAGAUUCUGUUUCUGAUGAUGUAUCAUCUAGUAGAUGUAAAAGCUGUUCGAAGGAGGUUAGUGGUCUGGAAGAGGUGUACGUACAUGAUUCGAUCCACACGUCGGUUGAAGAUGGAUUUUUGACGCUAAACUGAGUACUCGAGGAAUUUGAAACAUAGACUCCUCUUUUUCCACCUUUGUUCAUAAUCCGUGUGGAAUUCGAACGACUGGAUGAUCCUCAUUUCCUGCGUGUGCAAGAGCAGAAUCGUGGCCGAGUCCCCUUCACUGUAGAGGAAAGAAAAGAAAUUCUCGCAGAGCAGCGGAAGCCCGCGGAUAGCCGUAAGCGUUAUGCCGAAUUUUUGUCCUGUGGAAGCCGAAGCAUGCUAGUAGAAAAGAUGUUUAGCAUUUCGAUUUUCCUCGAACAAUUCAACUUCUUUUGUAAGUAGUCACUGUCAGUGAUGUUGUGAACACUCACACGUAGUGCGCUCCUGCUGAUGUGAACACUUACACGCAGUACUGCUCGUGCUCCUCUAAAACCUCGUCUCUGGCAACAAGGAACAGGA